AUGGCGACUGUCAAGCUUGCAGAGUAUCUUUUCACUCGGCUACGCCAACUUGGCGUCGAGUCAGUCCAUGGCGUCCCGGGCGACUUCAACUUGACCAUGCUGGACCACGUGGUGCCCUCAGGACUCAACUGGGUUGGCAACGCCAACGAGCUAAAUGCCGCCUACGCUGCCGAUGGCUAUUCCAGGAUCAAGGGACUCGGCGCUAUUGUCACCACCUUUGGUGUGGGAGAGUUGUCUGCGAUCAACGCCAUUGCCGGUGCCUAUGCAGAGUUUGCCCCUGUCGUCCAUAUUGUUGGCACGCCGGCCCGGCAAACUCAAGAAGCGCGCACCCUGAUGCACCACACGUUGAAUGAUGGCGAGUUCAGGCGGUUCUCGCAGAUGCAUGCACAGGUUACCAUCGCCCAGACUCGACUGUGGGACCCCUUGACGAGUGCGCAGCAAGUUGAUGACGUUCUGGCCAAAUGUCUUCUGCAUUGUCGCCCCGUGUAUCUUGAGCUCCCAAUGGACAUGGUUGAUGCCAUUGUCUCCGGUGACAGACUGCGGACGCCAAUCUUGGUCCCGGAGCCGGUGCCCACCACAGACCUGGAUGAGGUCGUUGCCAAGGUGACGAGCAAACUUGAAGCCGCCAAGCAACCCAUAAUUUACGUCGAUGGCGAGACCAGACCUCUUCGCAUUGUCGAUGCCGUACAGCAGUUUGUGUCAACAACGAAAUGGCCCACCCUGACGUCCCCCUUCGGCAAGGGAUUGAUGGAUGAGACAGAGUCCAACUUUGUCGGCGUCUAUCAGGGGCAAUGGGGAGCCAAGCCCACACAUGACUUCGUGAAUGAGGCCGAUUUGGCGCUAUGCUUUGGUCCUCACUAUAGCGGCACCAAUACCUACAUGUGGAACAGCAUUCCGCAAAGCAAAGAGACAAUUGAGUUCACCGCCGCUGGCAUCAAGAUUGGCCCCGACCUGUAUCGAGAUGUUUCUGCCAAGUUGGUCCUAGCCCGUCUGCUUAAGGAACUAGAUCUGUCAAAGAUCAAAUCCUAUGACCCUUUCCCUGAGCUACCAAAGUAUGAGCUUCUUGCCCCAUCGUCAGCCCCUGGCGAUGAUAUCAUCAAGCAAGACAAGGUAUGGAAGAUGUUGGCGAAUCUCAUUCAACCCGGCGACAUCGUAAUGGGAGAAACCGGCACACCUGGAUUUGGCGUCCGCCUGAUGCCAAUGCAGAAACACUGCCGCGUCUUCAGCCAUGUCACAUGGUUGUCUAUUGGCUACAUGCUCCCAGCUGCUCAGGGCGCUGCACUCGCGCAAAAGGAGCUCAUCGCGUCAUCAAAAUGGCACGGGAUGAAAAAAGCCAAGACUAUUCUGUUCAUUGGCGACGGUAGUUUUCAGAUGACUGCGCAGGAAAUGUCAACCAUGAUCAAGCACGACCUUGACAUCGUCAUCGUGUUGAUCAACAAUGAUGGCUACUCGAUUGAGAGAUUUAUCCACGGCAGGAAGCAAGGGUACAACGAUGUUGCCAGGUGGCGAUACCUCGAAGCACCAAGCUUCUUCGGUGCCCCAAAAGACACCUACACAGCCUCCGCCAAGACCUGGGCGGAGCUGAAGAUGAUCUUGGACAAUGACAAGGUGAAUAACACGGUGGGAUUGUCCAUGAUCGAGGUCGUCAUGGAGAGGGAGGAUGCUCCACCCGGCCAACUCCAGAAGGUGUUGGACAUGCAAAUUGCAAGGGAACCCAAGAAUUAA